AUGGAUCUUGUUCAGACUGUGCGCAAAGAGGGUAGCCGCGGUGGCCGCGGCGAGUUCAAAUGGGAGGACGUCAAGAACGAUGCGCAACGCGAAAACUACCUGGGCCACUCGGUCAUGGCGCCAGUCGGGCGCUGGCAACAAGGCCGCGACCUGGGCUGGUAUGCCAAAGGCGACACCGAUUCGAAAGAAGCCGAGGCAGCGCGCAUCAAAGAAGAGAAGCGCAAACUGAAAGAGGCCGAGGAGGAUGCCAUGCUAGCUGCAAUGGGCCUCCCAGUGCCGGUGCGGAACAAUGCAAAUCUGACGCCGCUUGGCGAAAAGGCACAUGAGGCCGACGUCAAGGACAAGUUGGAAGAGAAAGCCAAGGACGGUGAGGAUGAAGACCGCGCGAAGAGGAGAGAGAAGAAGGAUCGCCCGAGAAGACAUAGGGACGACGAUGGAGAACGAAGGAGGCGACAUCGAACACGAAGCCGUUCGCGCGACCGAGACCGAGACCGACGCCAUAGACACCGCGACCGCUCACGCUCGCGCGAUAGGCGGAGAGACGACGAUCGUGAUGGCCGACGGAGGCAGCGAUCCAGGAGCCGCGAGCACAAGCGACGAGAAGACCGCCCGGAACGUAGGCGCGAACGCGACGACGACGAGAGGCAGUCGAGGUCACGUUCGAGGGAUCGCAGACGCCACAGAGAGGCUCGGAGCAGGUCGCCACACGAGAGGAAUGAGAGGCGGAAGGACUGAGGCAAAGGACUGAGACACUUCUCGCAUCGGCAUGUCUAACGACUAAUGCGCCCAAUGGUAUUGGAUUUUGAAUAACAUUUCACCAACCUUCCUUACUUUGCGCAACAAGGCUAUGAUCAGGUCAGUGUAGAAACAGCACAUGUCUUGAGCCUGGACGUAUCAAGCAUUCCAGUAUAUGCUGUUUACGGUCAUUUGUUAUAUAUCAGCCAACCAGCUUCCUACUUCGUACUCGACGCUGUACUACUCCAGAUACCCACAAUACCCCACCAUUUCCCGCACUCCGAGUCGCU